AUGCAGAGGACCGUGCUGGACAUGGAAGAUGCUUGGACCAUCUUGAGAAUAGCAACUUGUGCUUGUGGCUGGAUGGCUGCAACUAUGCGCAUUCCAGGGGUGACCUUGCAAGCUGCCUUUGCGGCUGGUGCUAUGGCUCAGAGGCCCAAGUCCCUUGCCACUGCCAGAGGCGCAAAGCCGGUGUUCUUUAAAGUUAGAGAUGUCUUGCAAAUCAGGUAUGGGCUGUACACCUAUGUCUCCAUCAACUUCUUGUUCAAUCGAGGUGGCCAUGUCUACCCCUUCGUGAACAUGAUCUCAUGCUUUCAGGACCCUAUGACGACACCUCUGGAAACCCUGAUCCCCACUGCAGUCGCGAUAGGGAUCUGGCUGGUCCUUCAGCUCAAGCUGCUGGUGGAUGAGAUCCGGGAUGCGAUACGCACGGCGCGGGCUUCCAAGCAUGGGUUCUGGCAGGGACUUCUGCGGGACUACUUAAGGUUCUGGAAUGCAGUCGAUUGGGUCUCCAUUGCUGUUGCCGCCAUGGUGAUCGUCUUCUGGCUCAACGUCCGCACGCAGGUUGAGGUGGUGAAUGGGCUCUUGCCCUCAGUCGUCCGGGCCACGCUGUAUCCGAGCCCAGAAGCUGGAACCGUGCAAGAGCAGCGUCUCGAGUGGUAUCAGCCUACUGCAGAUACUUGGUUCGCUGCGGCCGAGCAGAUGGUCUUAGCAAAUUCUGCCUGCAUCGUGACACGUCUUGAAGCAUUGCCUUGGUUCUCCUACGCUGGCUUGAGCACGUCAGCUCACGUCACCUAUAGUGUGGUUGAGGGGCACCAUGGGGCACCAUGGAAACUAGCCAAGGUGAUCAUCAUCCUCUACCCUUUGGUCGGCCAGACCCGUCUUUGGCAAGCUUUGCGUGUCAUCAUGCUUCGGCUCUUCAAGUCCUUUCAGGCCCAGCCACGGCUGGCGAUCGUCACGGAGACCAUCAAGACCGCAGUCCCCGACUUGGCCCACUUCUUCGUCGUCGCCCUUUGCAUCUUCGGGUGCCUCUUUGCCGGGGCCUCGGGUGAAAAGCGGGGUGGGGGGUGGGGGUGCGUUUAG